GAUUCUUGAUCUUCUUUCCAUACUCUGGCAUUACCUCGAAACCCUAGUCCGCAAUUUAAUGUCUGCCCAAGGAGCUGGCGCCGUUGAGGGUGGGCCGUGGAUCCACCCGGAGCACAGGCUCAAGCGGACCGAGCGCCCCAACCCGUUCUACUGCUUUGCGUGCAAGGAGAUCGGGUUCUGGUGCUCGUACUCGUGCGAGCGGUGCGCGGUCCACGUCCACAAGGCGUGCAUGUCCCCACCUAUCGACAAGCCCCAUCCUCUCGGUCUUCUCUUAUUUGUUCGAAGCUUCACAGCUGCUGACGGCAAAUUCUGCGGGGCAUGCUCCAAGCAGCUAGGCGGUUGCGGGUACAAGUCGAUCGAUGGAAAGAGCAGCUUCCACCCAUGUUGUCUUCACCUCGAAAAAAUCAUAAAAGUUAACGAUGAGGAGAUCAUGCUCAAGAUGGAGAACGUAUCACUGAGAUGCAAGUGGUGCAAGAAGGUGUCGAUCCGAGUUGACGGAGCUGUUAUCCCGAGCUGGUUCUACGUCUCGAUGGGCAAGGAUGGUUGUUUUCACGUCGGGUGCAUCCAAGAAAUGAUGCGCGAGAGCUGGAAAGUCGGCCGCCUUGAUCAGCCGGUACGAGGAAAGGAAGAGGGCGACAACACCAGCUUUGCGACGUACCUAAGCAUCAAGAUCAAGAUCCCCAUUGACCCUUCAGAGAUAGCGACAGAGAAGCUGGCGGAUGGCAUAGCGGAGGCCGCAGCCACGGGAGAUAAGUCAAAAAUAAGGAAGUUAAUCAAGGACUUCUGGGGGGGGCGGGGGUCUGGGGCUGUAUGGGAGAACACCAAGCAUCUGUGGCAACUGCUGCUUGCAAAGGUAGGCGAAGGUAUCGCCUCGCUGGCUGACACUCCAAUCGGCCGAGCCGCGCGGAAGGUCUGGAGCACAGUCACGGAACCGUCCAAGCUGUGGGACCUGGUCCGUCCCCUCCUCCAUUGGGCUUCUUCCAAGUUACGUGAACUAGCAAAGCGGAUGAUCGCGAUGCCCACGCCGCAACGUUACCUCCCAUAUGAUGCCCAGGCAGUCUAGAUGGUCGGCACCCAAUUAUUUGCAAUUAAGGGUGCAUUUUUGUUUAGAGGAAG